AUGGGUUUUGCUAGCUAUAUCUCCAGUGUGUGGAGAAGAUUUGACGGGUAUACGCGUAUAAGUGAGGAUUUAUAUAUUGGGCCCUUCGUGAUAUGGAAAGUGCUUCAGUACAUCUUUGUUCUGCUGGUAAGAGGCCGCCCGCACUUCUGGUAUACGUUCGAGUCCACAGCCAAAAGUUAUCCGGACAAGAUUGCGCUGACUUUCACCCGUCCUGUUCCUGGGAGGACGGUUGCUGAUGGGGAUUCUCAAUUCUUUGUUGAGUCUUAUACCUACCAGGACGUCUACGACAUCGUUCUCAGACUAUCGUUUAUACUAGUGAAUGAGUACGGUGUGACUGCAGAUGAUACGAUCGCUGUCGAUUGCACCAAUAGGCCUUUGUUUAUAUUUUUGUGGUUUGCCCUUUGGAACAUCGGAUCGGUUCCUUCGUUUUUGAAUUUCAAUGUUACUGGUUCGCAAUUGGUUCACUGCCUCAAAGUGGUUGAUGCCAAACAGCUGUUCUAUGAGGAGGGCUCCAAGAAACCGGUUCUAGAGACCAAGCAGAUGAUCUCGACUGAAAUUCCAGAGUUGCAGAUGAAUUUUCUCGACGAACAGUCUCUUAUGGACCGAAUUAUAGACAAAUCUGCGCCAAAACUUCGCUGUGCAAACAACACGAGACGUCCAAACGUGCAUGAUUACGACCCUGCUCUGCUCAUAUAUACUUCCGGCACCACCGGUCUGCCCAAGAGUGCCAUCAUGUCCUGGAGAAAGUGCUUCUUGGCGUCUGCAUUGUUUGGCCACGUUAUGCGGAUCAAGAAGAAGAGCACCGUCUUCACCGCGAUGCCUCUCUACCACUCCACUGCGGCGGUGUUGGGUGUGUUGCCCGUGUUUGGGGCAGGUGGGACUGUUGCACUGGGUAACAAAUUCUCAGUAAGAACUUUCUGGACCCAGGUGAAGCUCACCCGUGCUACACAUGUUCAGUAUGUCGGGGAAGUCUGCAGGUAUCUGGUGAACUCGGGUCCUGUCAACGACGAGAAAACACACGGUGCCAAGAUUGCCUUUGGAAACGGUCUGAGGCCCGAUAUAUGGGUGAAAUUCAAAGAACGGUUCGGUCUAGAGGUCAUUGGUGAGUUCUAUGCGGCAACAGAAGCGCCUUUUGCGGUCACCAACUUCCAACAGGGCGAUUUCGCGAUCGGUGCCUGUGGCUCAUACGGAAGAUUGAUCAACCGCAUAUUAACAUUUCAUCAUUUUUUGGUGAAGAUGGACCCAGAAGACAACCAGACUAUUUAUAGAAACGACAAAGGCUUCUGUGAGCAGGCUGACUGCGAAGAACCCGGAGAGCUACUGAUGAGAAUUAUGCUCCCGAAGAAACCCGAAACUUCAUUUCAAGGAUACCUAAACAACAAGAAAGAAACAGAGUCAAAGGUGGUGAGAAAUGUGUUUAGAAAAGGUGAUGCCUUUUUCCGCACAGGCGAUCUUCUCAAAACUGACCGUUUUGGCUCGAUGUACUUCGUGGAUCGACUUGGUGACACCUUUAGAUGGAAGUCGGAGAACGUCUCUGCCACAGAGGUGGAGAACGAAGUUCUGCUAUGUUCAUCAAUUGAGCAAUGCGUGGUGGUUGGGGCCAAGGUACCUGAACACGAGGGAAGGGCCGGCUUCGCCGUAAUUGAGAGCAAGCCAGAAGCAGACCAUGCAGAGACGUUGAAGGAGUUGGCCAAACAUGUUGUUGCGACUCUUCCUAACUAUGCACGCCCGUUGUUUGUGAAGUUUGGAAAGGUGAACUUCACCGAUAAUCACAAAUUACCCAGAAAGGUUUAUGCCAAUCCAGAGUUACCUGGGGAAGGUGUGUUCUGGCUUAAUGGUGCCACAGGCACCUACGAGGCUUUGGGUGAUGAAGAUUGGCAGAAGAUUCUGGGUGGUGUUGCAAGAUUGUAG